AAAACACACACACACACAAAGAUUUGAUUUUAAUGGAGUUAAUGAUGGCUACUAAAAUAAAUUUUUCGAAUUCUUCAGAUUUGUUCGAAGAGAAAUUUUUUUUUCGAAUCAUUGAAAUUGCAAAUUCAAAGAAAAAAAAAUAAAUCAGCCACACAAAAAAAAAUAAUUUAAAUUCUUCAUGGAUAUUCGAUUUUUGGAAUAUACCAAUCCAAGUUUUUAAUGAUUCAAAUUUCAACAAUAUGACGAUGAUGAUGCCACGUAUCUCGAAGGGAAAGUAUGGUUACUUUGGUCGAAUUUUUUUUUUCUUCUUGUAUGUUGUAUGUUCAGGUUCAGGUUCGGUUCGAUUUUUUUUUGUUGGUUCUUUAAGAUUUUUUUAAGGUUGUCAGCUUUUUUUCUGUUGGUGGUAUGUGUCAGUUGUUCAGGCUUUUUCUAUCAUUAAUGUAGAUUUGUAUGUAAUCUGUCUGCUGAUGGUAAUUUGUGCGGCUUUGGCCGGCUUUGUGUAUGUGUGAAAUGAAUGAAAAGAAAUUGUAUAAGAAAAAGUUAGGCAAAAGAAACUCAAGAUAAAGUGCAAAAAAGAUGCUGAUGAUGUCGUCGCCGUCGUCGUCGUCGUUGUUGUUGCGCUGAGUUGUCGAAUAACGACGAUCAUCACCAUCAUCAUCAUCACUAAUCAAAUAUAAAAUGAUUGAAGCACCAUCUACUGAUGAUAAUAUUUAAUUCAUUCGGAUUUAACACAUGUGUUUCGGAAAGAAUCAAAACAAUUUUUUAAUUACGAAUUUAUUAUAAAAAAUUUAUAGUUUUUUGAUGAUUGACAGAAUCUAUUGAAGAUGGUGAUUUAAAUUUCUUUUAUUUUCAAAGACAAAGUAACUACCUUUAAUAAAUAAGACAAACAAAAUUAUGACAGAAGCAACGAAAAAGAAACAUGUUGCACGUGAAUUGAAUGAUUUCUAUCAUUUACCCGAUCCUGGUGAACAAAUUGUCCAGGUUUUACGUGGUUGUGGUAAUAAUCUUCAUGAAGUUCGUACAUGUGAUGGUGAACAAUAUCUUGUAUCUAUGCCAACAAAAUUUCGCCGUUCUGUUUGGAUUAAACGUGGUGAUUAUCUUAUUGUUACACCAAUUGAAGAAGGUAAUAAAGUACGAGCAGAAAUUCAUUCCAUACUACUCAAAGAUCAUAUCCGUUAUCUAAAACAACAGAAUAAAUGGCCAAAAGAAUUUAUUGAUUCAAAAACAGUCGAUAAUAAAUUGGUGGUCGAUGAUGAUGAUGAUGAUGACCUUAUACAAAUGAAUUCAAAUCGAAUUAAUUUGAAUGAAAAUGAUCAAAACAGUAGUAAUGACUCGGACGAUGAAUCCACUACCGAUGAUGAUGAUGAUUAAAUUUUAUUUUAUUUUGUAUAUAAAUGCAUUGUAACAAUCAA